AUGAACGCUCCGAGCCCGUCCACUACCACCGCCGCCUCCAAGUCAUCCGCAGAGCGUCUAUCUCCGAACAUGGACGUAGAACGCACCCCGAUCCCCGACCAAGACCGCGACCGUAACGGCGACAGCCAGUACAGCAACACAAAUAAAGAGAACCACCACGACGGCAGGAACACCCACGACGACACCCCGACUCACCAUCUUCGAACUCCGGCCCUUCUAAGCGCAUCCGCCUACGCCUCGCCUGCAAUCAAUGUCGCAAGCGCAAGGUCCGCUGCGACGCCGAGACGCCCAAGUGCCGCAAUUGCUGGCUUCGCGACGAGGCGCAUCUCGACAAGGGCACGAGGGUCUCGCGUCUGCCACCACACCGGUGACCACACCCUCGGAUCACGGGACUGGCGGCGCAUCGAGCGAUCGGACCUACGAUGUGCGGGCUCUCCGUCGGGGAGCGUGACGUCGACGUCUGUCUCGGCCGCUACGGAGUCGCCCAUAUCCCAUGGCAUUGUGGACGCGAGCCCCGCUAGCGGAGAUGGAUCUGUUGCUGCGGGCACCCUCUCGUGGGUUGCACGAGGGUACCAGCAUAGCACCAUUGGAGGUGGCGGGGAGAGUAGUGUAACGGAUUCCAACGCGGAUGUCGUGGUCAACACGGAUAAUAGCUCUCACAGAUUCAAGUACAUGGGCGGAAGCAGUCUCCAAUGCCUAGGAAUGUUUGUCGACAUCUAUCUCCGGCGAAAAGGCCUCGCGACCAUGGCCCCCACUUCCGCAACGUUGUACCGCCUAGAUAACAACUGCCCCAACGGUCUCCGGCAAGGCCUAUCCUCUGGCCACGUACCCCAACUCGUCGCCAUCUACGCCCUUGUUGUCUUGGGUGCUGAUGAAAUGGCCGGCGAGCUUACCGCAGUUGGCGAAACCUAUCUCGAAGCCGCCUAUAGCCUACUCGCGCACCUCACCGCGGCGCCGUAUCUACCGAGCGUCCAAGCUCUGUUCCUGCUCUCUGGCGUUACGCAAGGUGACGACUCUUCCGAAAUGCCGGAGCUGGGGCUCAAGGGUAGGAUCUGGUGGUCGUGCUACGCGCUAGAAAAGCUCAUGGAGCUUGAAACGGGGCGGCCGUCAGCGAUCGACGACGACGACAUUGACCAAAUUAGCAAGCGGCUGUACAGGCAUCGGCCGAACUCGGCGUGGCGCCUAAUGUACGAGAUUGGGACGCUGGACCAGAAGCUUUUGGAGUGGGCAAAGACUGUCCCUGAAGGGAUGAAGCCGGGUCAUGAGCUUUUUACCGACCUCGAUUCGGACCAACCACAAUACCCCCAACAUAUCACGAGCUUCCUUUCUCUCCAAUACUAUCAGGCUCAAAUAACCCUCCUACGCCCUUCCUUGGUCUUCCCAACCCAGUCUUUCACCGAUGAAGUCAAGCGCCAAGGAUCCAAAAUCCCCUCCUACAUGCGCCUCCUCCAAGCCGAAAACAUCUGCAAUGCCUCUGCCCGCGCCACCGUCCGCCUCGUCAUCGAGCUCGAUGACCACGGCAUCCGCUCGAAUAUCUCCUCCGUGUCCCAGCCCAGCCUCGCCGCCGUUGUCCUUUCGCUGUCCAUUCUCAAAAGUCCCAACAAGCGGCUCAUCCGCUCCGACCUAGAGCUCUUGACCAUUCUGACCGAGUAUAUCGAGACGUACUUUCGGCGCGGCGGGCAGGACCCAGCCUUCAUCCGCGGCUUCGAGGUGCUUCGUACUGGGGUGAUUGCUGCCGUGGAAUUGGAGCGGACUGGGGUAACGAAGGCGGUCGGGGAUAUGGAUAUGGGACUGCUGGAUACGCAGCUGACGGGGCCCAUCCCCGUGACUUGGGAGACGUCAUCGGCCGUUCCGGAAAUCACGGCCGAUUCGUCCAUGUUUAGUUUUGGAGAGGAUAUGCCGCUCGAUGAGUUAUGGGGUACGUUUGGGACGUAUUCUUUUCUUGAUCCGAGCGUAGAGGAGCAAGUGGUCUGA